AUGACAGAGUGUAAAGGAAGAAUACUCUUUUUUCAUGGUUUUACCCAAUCGGCGUCGCUCUUCUAUGCCAAAACAUCGGCUCUCCGCAAAAGACUAAUCAAACUCAACUAUAAACCGGUAUAUCUUAAUGGACCAGUCCGGCUAACUCCGAGUGAUCUUCCAUCUCGAGACUCAUUAUCCAAGUUCAACUCGGUUCCAAGCUCCAGCGAUGAAGAGACAGACUAUCGUGGCUGGUGGUUCAAGAGAAAUCUCCUUUCUGGCGAAGGAAUCAAGCUUGAUGAUUCCAUAGUGACAAUCAGAGACUACUUGGAAAACGGCAAGAUUAUUCCUGAAGAGGGCUUCCAGCAAGAAAUUGAUGAAAACGACAAAAAUAUACCUGUUGUAGGUUUGGUUGGCUUCUCUCAAGGAGCAUGCUUGGCAGGUAUUAUUUGCCAUAAAUUCAACGAAUUUUUUCAUGUAGAUUCGUUGAAAUUCGUUAUCCUAUAUUCGGGAUUCAAAUUAGACACAAGCAAGGGUUCAGGUCAGGAGAUGUACGACUCAUACUUUCCCACCAGUGAAGACAAGUUCAAAAUUCUUCAUGUUUAUGGAGAGUUGGACACUGUGGUGGAGGCAAGUCGAUCAGAGGCAUUUUACGAAAGCACCAAAGAUAUCUCUACUUUGUUGAAACACCCUGGAGGUCACUUUGUGCCCAACUCUAAGCUCAUGAUAGACCAAGUGACGAAUUGGAUCCAGAGCUUGGAUAUCGAGCAAAAGAAAGAAGAAGAAGAGGAAGAUAUUAUGGAUAUGUUUGAUAAGAUUGGCCAUUGA